AUGAGCGGAGAUGACGACACCAAGGGGUGUGACCAGUUUCUGAAGAAAAAUGUGGUGCGCUCUGUUAACGAGGCGGCUGUUCAGGUCAUCGCCAUCGUGAUGGACGUGUUUACUGACGUGGACAUAUUCAAAGAAACUGUGGAAGCUUCUUUACGAGGAGUCCCCGUUUACAUCCUUCUGGAUGAUUCCCAUUUGAAAAGUUUCCUUAAAAUGACUGAAGAUCAAGAAAUCAACCUAAAGCACUUAAGGAAAAUGAGGGUGCGCACCGUGAAGGGUUCGGAGUACCUCUGUCGAUCAGGAGCCAAAUUUCAUGGAGCAAUGAAGCAGACGUUUGUUUUAAUCGACUGCCACAAGGCCAUUUAUGGCUCAUACAGCUUCUCCUGGUCUUUUGAGAAGAUCCACCUGAGCAUGGUUCAGGUCAUCUCCGGUCAUCUAGUGAAGUCCUAUGAUGAGGAGUUUCGGACGCUCUAUGCCCAUUCGACUGUUCCGGCUGAACUGAGCCCUCCAGAGGGCUGUAAGAGUCUGUCUUACAGCAAUGGACUUCCCACACAACAAAAGACCCCAUCUUCUCAUUCUGCUAUAAAACUUGGGCGGAAUAACCAGUUGAGGCAAUCCUUGGACUUCAUCAAUCGGAAAACCAAUGAACGGAAAUUUGGCACCAGAGAAAUAAAAGAGGAAGGUAACAUGCUCGGGCCUUUAGUUGAAAAUAAUAUCAGUCUUCCUCAUCAAAUGCCCCAGUUUCACCAGAUUGAAUCUGAACCUUUUAAUAUGUUUAAAAGGCACAGCUAUGCUGGUGAAAGACAAGAAGGAAACACUCCGCACAUCAUUAGACCCAGAGGGAGCAACUGGAACAUAACCAAAGAUACAGGAAAUGUCCUGAAUAACUACUCUAUGGAUAAUUAUUUGCUAACACCACAGAAAUACAGAGGUCAUAACAUGCGGCAGUCUUAUAACGGCAUUGACAAACAGGCACUCUGCUUGCAGCAGAACAUACCAACACUGGAGAAUACAUCUAAGGCAUUUAUGCGCACGUGGAGGAUCGAAUCUUACCUUAAAAACCCAGAGGCUCCAUCUCCAGAUGCUUUUGACUACUUAGACCAGUAUGAGACUCAAGACAAUACGAGUGCCUUAAUGCAAGGAAGGAUGAGGACCUCUCUUGUUCUCAGGUCCCCAAUACCAGAACAAAUGGAGCCAAACAGACGCAUGAUCAACACUUCUGCUGUUGCCGGCCUCUCAGCAGCCCACAACUCUUCUUUGCACUACUCUUCAAUGCAAUGGGAUACUGCUGCAGAAGCUGGGAACAGAUUUAACUCUCAUGACUUCAUAUCAAAGAAACAAAGUCUGCAGAUUUUGGAUGAUUUUCAAGACAAAGCGAGCUAUGGCACAGGAGGAAACUCCUUCCACCCUACAUAUGCCAGCCUGGGCAGACCUAAGCUUGGACAGAUAAUGACAAACCCUGACACCCUGAAAGAAGAUUGGCACAAAAGGCACAGUGUGGCAGAUCCACGGUCAAACACUGCGCAUACACAUGAAUACUUGGGUCACAUGUAUGGAAAUGCUACAAGGACACAAGUAAACAGAAGCUCAGCAGAGCUUAGUGCACAGGCUGUAAGCUGUAGAUCAAGUCUGAAUGAAGAUCAGAGAUCUGUCUCCCACUAUGACGUCAAGAGUAUCAAAGACACGCAAGACCCUAAUAAUCCUAUUUGGCAGGAACCACCAUCCAGGACAGUGUCUGCAGCAGCCCUGGACCUUAAAACAAAAGAUUUGACCAAUAAAUCUAACAACUCUCAGCAAUAUUUAAAGACCAGUACCAAGAAAAUCAAAUCUUUGUUAAACAUACCGGAGAAAAGAGAGAGCUCCAUCAUAACCAGUGAAACGCCAAGUCUGAAUUCAGGUGGCAGCUCCGACACCAUCACCGCUGAGGAUGAAGAGGGGAAAACGUACGGUAAAAAAAUUAGUCCUCAAGCUAUACACCAAACAAGCAGUUCUGUCAAGGUCUCAUCAAAAUUUCCAAAGCCUCAUUUCAAAAGCGAGAAAACCCAAAUCUCACCGCAGAACUCUCUCACCAAAAUGCCCUCAUGGAAGAAACCCUCCAUUCUCGAGAAAAGCUCAAAGCCCGGAGCUGGCAAUCAAUCGAACAUCACGUGCGAUUCAUUCUCUUCGUUUGAAAAGAAAAGCACUCGGCCUACCAGUUUUAGGCGCUCUCAGUCUCAGGACAAAUCCAAAAGCAGUUCUAAAGACGAUGCAGCUGCUGAACACAUUAGUCGAACUGCUCGGGGCCAUCAUGAAAACAAGCUGGAGAGAUUCUUUCAAAGGGUGGGAAGUUUUAUAAACAAGAACAAAUAGUGAGCGCCACUUCAGCAGGACACAAUUUACACAGGUC